AUGAGGAGCUUUUUCAUCUUACUUUGCUUCUUCUUAUUCUUCUUCUUUAGUGGAGAAUUCGCAGCUGCAAGAAAGUUCUGGAGCAGAUUAGAGAUGGCUGAGAUGAAUGGCUACGGGGAACACAAACUCUCCUCUGUGGUCAUCACCGGUUCUCUUCUUUGCAACACCCCUGUUUCAGGUGCCACUGUUGCCAUCAAGUGUCACACUGGUUUCAAAAAGAGAUCAAACUUGAUAAAAGCUGUUACUGAUGACUUUGGAGAAUUUGUUAUCCAUCUUCCUUCUCAUCUUCACGCAAUUCCAAACUUAGAAAAAUCCUGUUUCAUCAAACCAAUACAUGUGCCUAAACACUAUCAUAGAUGCUACAAGACAUUUUCCAAAUCCAAUCUACACAAAGGCAUCAAACUUGUCUCGUCCAGAAAUGGUUUCCGUGUCUACACCUCAGGAACGAUCAUGUUACAUGGAUACAGUUCAAGAUCAUCCCAAGCUCGUAAAGCCGUCAUGUAAAAAAUCAAAUAACUUGUGAAACAAGCAUGUGUUACAUUUUCAUUGUCCUCACUUGUUUAGCUGGCGCUUAAGUCACAAAACUAAGUUUGAGCCUCUCUACAGUCUAUAUUGUUAAUCAUAUUCACAC